AGGAAGCGGGCCAUCACAGCCUCAGCGGCGUUGUAUGCAACAGAAACAAUUAUCUUGGUGUUCUUUCUGAAAAGACUUUACUUUUACGACGAAGAUGUCACGGGAUAGCAGGCGAAGGAGGUCCAGGAGUCGCUCCAGGAGCACAGAACGGAAGAGAUCAAGAUCUAGAGAAAGAGAAAGGGAUAGAGAUAGGGACAGAGAUAGGGACAGGGACAGAGACCGUGACAGGGAUCGAGACCGGGGAAGAUCUCGCAGAUCCCGAUCGAGAGACCGAGAUCGCCACAGGUCAAGAAGCAGGGAAAGGAGAAGGUCAAGGUCUAGAGAGAGGCGCUCGAGAUCACGUGAUAGAUCAAGGUCCAGGGAGAGAGAAAGGGACAGGAGGUCACGUUCCAGAGACAUCGCACUCUCCUGCCAAGGUGAAACCUGCACCACCUCCCCCAAAGCCUGUGGAACCUCCACCACCUGAACUGAAAGAGGAAGAGGAGACCGGUCUAGAUUUUGAUCCCUCGAAGAUAGACAAGGAGGAAGCAGAGAAACGUCUUGAGGCUGAAAUGCAGAAAAG